CAGUUCUAGCUUCCAAGCUUUUCUAUAUGCUCCUACGCCCCUGCCUGCAUCCAGCUUAGCUUCUUUGGUCACGCCUCGCCACCAGAAGUCGGUCGAUCUAGAAGAGAACCGAGUUCUUCCUCGUGCCAUAACGCUAGUCUUGACAGUCCUGACCAGAUGUCGGCCUUGACGGGCGUCGCAUUGUCAUCUUGCACAGCCGCCGUCAGAUGCGGUUCCUGCGCCAAAUCGCUACGUCCUUCGCCAAAUGUCGCAUGCCCUCACCUGCUGCAGAGACCACCCCCUGGCGUGGCCUCAAGGCCUCUCAGCCUCGCCUCAACCGCACAUUCACGAUCGAGUCGCUCGCCCUCAAAACAUCCGUCGCACGCUGUCAGUGCGACCAGUAGACGGCGGAGGCUAGUCGUCGUGCGAGCGGGCGACUUCGAUGGCGACGACGACGACGAGGGGAUGGAGUUCGACGCGGAGGAUCUCGAUCUGGACGCCGAGAUGGAGGUCGAAAUGGACGGCCGAGAUGAUCUCUUCAUGCUUGACGAUCCCUCCGCUUACGGUCUCGACACCGGUGCAGCGGGUCUGGCGGGAGAUGCGGGGCUUGCGCGCGCGGGCGGAGGGGUUGCCUUGCUGGAGCGGGAGGCGGCGGGCGCGGUGGUGCGCGUGGAGUACAAGAUCGAGGAGGCGGCGUUCCACUGCAUCGCCAUGGCCGCGUGCGACCUCUUCGUGCGACGAGGAGGAGACGCGGGCGAGACUGAUGUCUUCGACUUCUCCGAGGUGUACUUCGCUCCGCCUGGCAGUGACGUCUACUCCAUACCCUGCAAGCUCGCUCCGAUGCCCUUACAGGCGGUGCGGUGCCAGGUGGGGCGGUGGACGUACAUCACGGGGAAGAUCCUGCCGCACUCCAACGACCCCUACAAGCCCAGCGCCAAGGAGAUCGACGAGGUCACCAAGGUGUUCUUCAUCCGGCAUGUGGGCGAUGCCCCGUACGGCACGCGGGAGUUUGUGCUGGACUUUGAGGAGAUCUACGUGUUCGACGGCCAUCACAAGACGCUCACACGUGCUGACGUCAUUCUGGAUGUACCUGAGGACCAGCUGCGGGACCGAAGAAAUGAGACACUCAUUGUCAGGGAUGAGGGCACCACGUUCAGAAUCAUCCCCAAGGAGAGGAAGCGCAGUGCGGAUGACGUGAUUCAGGAGGUGCACUGGAAGCGAACACGUGAGUCCAUGGAGAACUACCUCAGAGGGUUCCGAGACUUCCACAAAUCCAACUGGUUCUGAUACCCUACCAGUCACCUCUGCCUGUGCUGCUGAGUUUCUAGUUGAGGGUUAAAAACAGAGAUGGUAAGCUAACUAGAUUCGCAUUAUGCGACAACACAUACAAGCAUCAACAACGUUGAUGAAAAAGCGCAAACCAACAGCUCAACAACUCAUUAGGCAGCAUGCCAAGCCAAGCCUCCUGGCUGGAGUACCAGCAGCUGAGGGACUUGG